GACAUACGCGUCGUACAUGUUCAGCGUGAACUCCCUUAUAAAAGGCGACGCUCGGUGCAAGCGUGCUUCAGUUUCCGUCGGGGGUUAGAGAGCAUUGUGCAGGAUGUCUCGAUACGGGCGGUACGGAGGCGGUAAGUGGAUUCAUGGAGGGUUUUUAUUGAUUUUUUUAUUUUUUUAGCAGCGCGCUUUCGUGUGGCUGUAUGUCGGCGUCGCUGCUGGUUGUUGGCGCUCCAGCGGGUGAUGGCGCGGGUUUGGUGUGUGUGGCCGCCAUUUUGUGCAUCGGGCGCGUCACGUGCCUGCGGCUUUGUGUGUGGAGCGCAGCGGAGAAGUAAUGGCGCCCGCGCAGCCCAUGCUGGAGGCCGGGCCCUGUGAGCGGCGCUCCGGGUGUGCUCCAUGCUGCGCUCCGUGCUGCGGCCCUGUCCGUCCCCGGCUUGUUGUGCGGAGUCAUAGUAACCCAGCAUGGCGGCCCUGGCUCUGCCUGCCUCUAACACGCUGUGAUGGAGUGUGAGCUUCUCUGGCUCCCAGCCCACUGGGUGCUGUGUAUACACUGCUGCCGGUGUGGACUAUUGGUGUCUGAUGGCUCUGCUCGCCGCACACACGAGCUACUCUGCCUCAAUGGAUCCCAAACCAGUCCCCAGGGCCCACCGUGAAUCCAGGAUUGGUGCAUUUCCUCUCAUUCAGUGGAGAUACUGAGGAUAUCUGGUCUGUUGGCGGGCAGUAGGGUCCGGCUUGUGAUGCCUCCUUACACACAUGGCUUGCUGGGGCCUGGGGAAAAAAUGGGAAUUACAUACUCUAUGCAUGGAAUGGGUCUGGCUGAUACAAACUGUGUGAUAUUGUAAAGGAACACUCCAUGUAAUCUGGCCGUAUCGAUCCCUCUUAGUGGUGAUAGUGCCAGGUAUGCCAGUUACUUUGUGAGCUAGAUUAGCAUGGUUUGAUAACUUGCCUGUGGUCUGCAUUUAUGUUGUGAUGGUAUCAUGCAUUUUUUUAACAGAACUUUAGCUUGUAUCUCUGCACUUGACUGUUUAAUGGCUUGUGUGAAUGUUGUGUUGCAAGCGAAGGCUACGUUCACAGCAUACUUACUCCAGUGCAUAGUAUAGGCUUGUUGACGUAGACUCCUUCAACAAUAAGCUCUUUACACUUUAGUAAAAGCUGGCUCACAAACUUAACUACCGAAAAGUGGCUUGCAUUAAACUGCAGUCUCCAGAAAACUGUACUGGAUAUUUCAAUUUUGACUUGUGUUGUCUAAAGUAACACUUAAUGUCUUGACAAUUCACAUUUUGUGAGUAAUCUUGCCUGUUGCCACACCUUAGAGUGAAAUGAUACACUUAAAAUUAAGUGCUAUGGUUAAAGUUACUUUCAGACUGUAAGGGUAGUUGUGGAAGUGUAAACAGGCCUACACUAAUUCGGUUUUGUUUCUAACAAGCUUUAUAUUUUUCUUUUAGAAGCAAAAGUGUAUGUUGGAAACCUUGGAACUGGUGCAGGAAAAGGGGAACUUGAGCGUGCGUUUAGUUACUAUGGUCCCCUGCGUACAGUGUGGAUAGCAAGGAACCCACCUGGAUUUGCUUUUGUCGAGUUUGAGGACACAAGAGAUGCUGAAGAUGCUGUUCGAGGACUGGAUGGAAAGUAUGUAUCCUGUUCUAUAAUUUGUACUACUCACUGGGAUCUGUAUUUCCCCUUAAGUGUCUGUCUAGAACAUACUUUCUGGAGUGUAUAAAAAAUCUUAAUUGAAUACUCUUGGUAAUGAGAACACUGUCCUGUCUACAUCAGGGGAAGCAUUCCUUCUAUUCUUGGUAUUAGAAAGCUUGUUUCUUGCUAUUCCAUUUUUUUUUUUUGUGGUCCAAUAUUGCUUGUCUUUAUGCAAAAUCAUAUUGUCUUGACUUUUUAUCUUGUUUUUUUUCCCCUAUAGGGUAAUCUGUGGAUCCAGAGUUCGCGUUGAGUUAUCGACAGGCAUGCCCCGACGAUCGCGAUAUGAUAGACCACCAGCACGACGUCCGUUUGACCCCAGUGAUCGCUGUUAUGAGUGUGGUGAAAAGGGUCAUUAUGCAUAUGAUUGCCAGAGGUAUAGCAGGCGCAGAAGGGGUAGCAGGUAUUGGCCUAAUUGAACUAGUGUUCUUAGGUUGUGUUUCAAACAUGGUAUCCAUGAAGUGUGGUGUGGCUUUUAAAAGCAGCAGUCCUUAAAGUUUGUUUGGGUCAGUAUUUAAAAUCCUGCAAACUUUAAACACUACAUAUUUUAAUCUUGAGAACCAGGCGAGUCUUAUCUUAUGAAGACUAUGGUCACAUUAUCUUCAUGAAAGCUUGGAGGCCGCUGUUCAAUGCAUGUGAAACCAGACAUAGAAAAUACAAAAGGAGAGCACCAGAACAAUAUAAGACCAUGUUUAAUUGAAGCACUGUUUCUGCAGUGUUUGCAAUAGCAGGCUUGUUAGUGUAGCAGCGAAAGCUAAUCAUUGUGGACUGCUGCUUUCUUGUUCUGGUGCUUUAUGGCUUGUGUAAUAACUUUCACAUGUUUAAAAUAUUAAUAAUCAACCUGGUCAAAACCUUACAGGUUUCUUCGUUUGAGUCAGUCGCCUUGAUUCAGAAUGGCACGAGCCUUAAGAUUUCAUGCUGAGGCGCCUUGCAAAUCCGACUUUAUGAUUCUGCUAGACCUUGAGGUGAUCAGCAUAAGAGGCCAGAUCCCCUCAAGCCUUCUACAUCUAGAACCACCUUUAAGAUUCUGUAGAGGCCAGGAAAUCUAUGGUCUACUGUGAUCGCCGUAUCAGUAAAAUUGGCAUACAAUUGAGGCUCCCCUCUGGUUUUGAAAAGAACCGAUUGACCACAUUCCCACCUAGAAAAACCUUCAUGCGUCAAUCAAGCCUCACCUGGCUCAUAUGGCUGUCAGUUUGGUCGUCGUUAGAUUGAAGAACUACAAUAGAUGCAGCGAUCGGCUGGUAGAUCCUUCUAGACCGUCUAGAUCUUCUAGACCUUGGGCCAAAGAGGGUCGACCUGCAGACUUGCAAGGUUUAUUUUACAUACAAAUUAUAGUGUCUUAACUGAAAUUGCUUUUAAUGCUACUGUAAAUUGCUUUAACCAGUUUCUCCUAGGUAGCUCUGUUCAAGAUGUAGGUUUCCUGAUAGUCACUGCUAAAGGUCUCAUUCAUAAUAGUUACUGUGGUGUCAUUGAUCCAAAAUAACUCCUUUUCAUCUACUUAGGUCUCGGUCUCGCUCUCAUUCAAGAUCCCGAGGAAGGAGAUACUCUCGUUCAAGAAGCAGGAGCCGUGGCAGAAGGUGAGCUUUAUUAAUGACUUGUAGAGUCAUUGACUCAUUUUUAAAUUUAACUUUUGUGAGCAUGUCUGUUCCAAUAACUCAGGCCUUGAACAUGUGCAGCCUUAAAUAUAUUGCCUGACCAGUCCAGUAUGCCCCAGUCAUGAAGGGAGUCUAAAACUUGCUUUAGUGUUUUACAAGGACAUUGUAAGAACUCAAGCAACUAUUGUAAUUUUUGGUGUAGAAAUCACUCCCUGAAGUCUGGCCUCCCAAUUCUGUCCACUAGGCAUUUAAACCCCUUCUGUUUAUGCAGCCCUAGGUGCAUUUCCACUGGCUGUUAUGAGUCUCAUUAACACUUGGUACAAUGUAUAAUUUAGUUGUAUGUUCUGCUGAACUUCAAUCACAAAUGAGUCUUGACAGGAGAUGGGAAACUUAAGCAGUCUUAACAUGAACUCUAAUAUGGAAAGUCUGACAUAGAAUACAGAACUGCUGGUUUCUAUGCUUUUGACAAAUGGCUUUAUUUAAAUCUUUCUUACUAUUUACAUAUGGGUAUUAAGGGACUUAAGAGUGAAUUACACUGCAUUCUACAUAGGGUAUUCAGCAGCAGUAAUACAACCGACACGGCUUAGCUGACUUUUUUUUGCCUCCUAAGAUCCAGGUCUGCUACCCCUCGACGAUCAAGAUCAGUGACACCACGUCGAUCAAGAUCUGGUACUCCACGCAGAUCCAGAUCUGUGUCUGUUAAAAGAUCAAGGUAAUGUAAAAUUUAUAAUACCAAUUCAACCCUGCCUAGGUGGGAGUGGUAUGUCAAUAGGGAUGGUAACUGCAUUAUCCUGAGCUUGUAUUCUAAUAGUAUAACUUGCCAAGCUAAAUAUCUACCAAGAAGGAACUAUCCUUUUGGUAGUGUUAGGAAAGGAUUCUGUAGUUUCAGUUUACCAGUUACUUUUUUGGUAGCUCUCUUCUAGCUUUCUGUGUAAACUUGAAACUUACACUAAACCAGAUUUCUUUUUAUUUAAUCUGCAGGUCAAGAUCCAGAUCAAGGUCAAGAUCUAGGUCUGUGUCACGUCCCAGAAGCCGGUAAGAAAGUACCAGCCAUUGCUGGAACUAUUAAACUUAAUGGUUGUCUUUAAGAACAUUCUAGUCAUGCUCUAAAUCAACUGCAGGAGAACUUGAAUUGCUGCAAAUGCAUAGCAGAACUGGUCAUGGACAGUGCAAGCUCUCAAGCAACGUUCACAUUCCUGCAUCAACCAUGCUUCCCUCUAUAGAUACUUUUUGUUAGCUUCUCUGGAGCAAAAAUUGGUGGGUUUUUUCUGCACCAUAUCUACAGCAGACUGUAGUGACUAGGUAACUGGGAGUAUUUAAACUGACUUGUUCUUGUCUAAUAGAACUAGCCUACUGCAAUACUCCAACUGUUACAGGCACUGUUUUUGCCAUGCUAGGUAACGCAUUUACUUUAAACCUGUACUUGCAAGUUGCUGUAUGUGCUAGAAAGUGGCAAUCUCUUCUAAACAGUGCUCAUUGUCUUUCUGCAGCUCAAAGUCAAGGUCUGCAUCUCCAAAACGAAGGUAAGUUGACUGUUUUUUGCACUUUUUACAGCUUGUAUCUCUAGUGCUCAAAGGCUGGCUUUUGAAGUCUGUAUCACUGAGCACCUGUCAAAAGAACCAACUGAGAGAAUUUGGUCAGACUUGUUGGUCACGCUAUUGCUAGACCAUCUACUUUCCACUGACACUAAAGUGGACUGCAUAUUGCAUUUGUCCUUACUGUAUAAAGUGUUAACUCUUUCUGGCUUUUUUCCUUUAGUGAUGUCAUAGUGUCUUGCAGUCGCUCACCAUCCAGAAGCCCUCGGAGGAGCAUAAGUCCAGAAAGGAAUGGAUAGAUGGCAUGAUUGUUUUGAAAGGAAUUUGUUAAUACAUUCACUCUCCUUGUUAGAAUUCUGCCUUGGACAAUUUGGGUUUAUUUUAAACUUUGUUAAUUCACUUCAAUAGGCUAGUGUACAACGUAUGUUAUACCUUCAUCUGAAAGUGAAGCCUUUUUGUAUCUUGGGGUUAAAGUGUAAUUGUUAAUGAAUGAGUGGCUUGUCAAAGCUUGCAGGAGACUAUGACCAAGCUGCAUGGAUUAAAUAUUUUAAUGUAUCUACCUGUAUAAAUUACAUUCUUGAUGCAGAUUUUGCUGUAUUUACGGUGUCCUUGCUCUUCCAGAGUGUUUGCACCCUUUUUCAUGUAUUCUUUUUAUUCUGAUAAGAACAUUGCUCUUGUCACUUAUCCUAUACCAGAGUAUUGGAGAUGGAGAUUUUUGCCCACCGAGCUUUUACUGUUUUUUUUUUUUGUUUUUGUUUUUUGCAGAUGUGUUUAAACUUAAUUUCAGCAUUUAUUUUUUUGCAGAUGUUUAAAAACUUGAGCAUUCAGCAUUGUCUGAAAUAAACAGUUUCCAUUAAAGAGUCUCCUGGCUUAAAUCAAUCUAAUAACUGCAACCGUCAACAGAGGAAUGUUUAUCUGCUAAACUUGAACUAAAAGCAGUAGUGUCCAAAGUCCAGCCUGCUGGCCAUUUGCAGCCCGCACUCUGGUUUAAUA